AUGCUUCGCCAUCUUGCCCUCUCACUCUUCGUCGCUUUCGAGCUCGCCCAUGGGGCGACCAACAACCAGGCACCCGUUCAUUCUCCAGCCCAUGUCGCCAUCGGUCCCUCAAUCACAAAGGUCCCCAUUUCAGCCAAUUGCUAUGAGGGCGACACGGUCAAAUUCAAUAAUGCUAAGCUGACUGAGGCAUUGGAGAAGGCCUGGGACUGCUUCCAGAGUGGGACUUGCUUGAGCGGCACGAGGAAAAUGUAUCCAUCCCAAUGGGACAACACUGGACCCCGGGGAAGCCCCAAAUGGACCUGCGGAGAGAAUACCGCUGCCGCCAACCCACCAGUCAGGGAGUUCCCAAUUAUGAAGGCAGACGGCGUUUUCCCCCCGGCAGACAAAGACCCUGGAAUAUACAGAGUCUUCUACAGUGUCGAAAAGGAGCACAACUUCGCCUCCGCCACAAUCCACUACUGUGGGGUUGCUCAACAUCAUCUUAAUGAUAAAUACAUUAAGUGUAACGGAGGUACGGUAGCUGCAGCUACUACAGCACCUACUGCCGUUGACGAGCUCUAG